CUAAGUGCACAGAGCUCACGUUGAGCUCAGAUGAACCUCUGCAUCCUUUCCCACCUUGGCUCAUUUCAUCUCCGUUAGACUAUAGAGACGCACCGGAGCACGGCUGCAAACCAAACGGUGAGCUUCUGCUUCGUGUGUGCUGCACAGGCAAAUGGAGAGAAGGUGAAGCUUCAGCAGCAACCUGAAGCAGGAGAAGGAUAAACACAGUCAAAACACGAGAUGGACCACCGUGAAAACCUGCAUCUGAUCAGCCAGCGGUCAGUAAAUCUUUGAAACGGACUCUGUAGUGAGCCUCAGCUAUGGCAGCAUAUAUUGUGCUUCUUUUUCUUUUAUUCUUUAAAGGAGAAAGAAAUGGCCUUUCAUUAGCUGUUUCAGAGGAAGGCCAGGAUUUGCAUGUAAUUUCAAGCAAAAGACAACAAGUUUUACUUCACUCAGAGUCCAUGGACACCCUUUUUGUUAAUAUCAAAGAAUUGGAAAGCCAGUUGCACAAUAAAGAGGAUGAUAAAAGAGCCCUACCAAGUGUGGCUUUUAAACACACUGACAGAGAAGCAAAUGGUUUUGACUUUCAGAAUAUACUUAAACAUCCUGAAACUGCUGCCAAAUCCUUAAUUCCCAAACACAGCCCUGAGUUCACUCUGAAGCCAGAGAAAAGGAGCGGUUUGACUAAUGGAGAGGCUGAAGGUGCAAUCAUUGAUCACAGUCUAGCUCCGAGUUCAGAGGGGCACCACACUCUCCAGCCUGAGUUCCAUUUGGAGACAGGUGUCGGUGGCGUUUUGCCUGAGAGGACACGGGGCCGCUCUAAGUGGGUCACAGAGUCUGAAGACAGCAGGCUGCGACCCCGCUCUCGCUACCGGAGGAGCUGGCUUUGGAACCAGUUCUUUGUCAUCGAGGAGUACCGAGGGCCUGAGCCUGUGCUUAUUGGACGGCUGCACACAGAUAUGGACAAAGGAGAUGGUGAAACUAUGUACAUGUUGGAGGGAGAGGGAGUGGGCUCUGUGUUUGUGAUUGACAGCAACACAGGCAACAUACAUGUCACCAAGUCUCUGGACCGUGAAGAGAAGGACCAGUACCGUCUCAUUGCAACAGCUCGAGACCGUCAGACGGGCCAAGCCCUGGAGCCCUCCUCUGAGUUCAUCAUCAGAGUGCAGGACAUCAACGACAACCCGCCUGUCUUUCCUGAUGAACCCUAUGUAGCCAUGGUGCAGGAGAUGGCCAACAUAGGCACGUCCAUAAUCCAAGUCACAGCCAGAGAUGCUGAUGACCCGACAUAUGGAAACAGCGCCCGGCUGGUGUAUGCUAUUACUGAUGGCCAGGACUAUUUCUCUGUGGAUCCACAGACAGGUGUCCUGCGGACAGCCGUACCUGACAUGGACAGAGAGACUCAAGAUGAGUAUCUGGUUGUCCUCCAAGCCAAAGACAUGGGGGGGCAUCUGGGCGGGUUAUCAGGGACUACGACCGUCACUGUGAAGCUGAGUGAUGUCAACGACAACCCCCCUCACUUCAGACGGAGUGCAUGGUCAUUCUCUGUAUCUGAGCUAGCAGCACCAGGUGUGGAGGUGGGCCGUCUCACUGCCACUGAUCCUGAUCUGGGAGAAAAUGCACAACUGGAGUUUACUAUCAUGGACACUGAGGAGGCUGAAAUAUUCAAUAUAAGUGGAAGAGACAAAGAGGCUGUCAUUGUGCUGAACAAGCUGCUGGAUUAUGAGACCUGCAGUUCAUACACUUUCACUGUGGAAGUUGCCAACCCUAUAGUGGAUACCCGGUACCUGAGGAAAGGUCCCUUUAAGGACAAGGCAACAGUCCGGGUCAUGGUCCUUAAUGCUGACGAACCGCCGCAAUUCUCCAAGGCUCGGUAUCAUCUGGAUGUGUCCGAAAACUGCCCCCCUGUGUGCUCUGUUGGCCAGGUCUACGCUGUGGAUCCAGACACAGGACAAAACACCAACAUCCGGUACUCCAUCGAUCCCCAGUCAGACCCCGAGGCUCUGUUUCGCAUCGCCUCUGAUGCAGGCUUUAUCAGCACAGUGAUGGAGUUGGACCGCGAGCAGGAACAGUGGCAUAAUAUCACUGUCAUCGCCACACAGCGGGACAAUCCAAAUCUUGUGUCAAGGGUUGUGGUUGCCAUAGAGACACUAGACCAGAAUGACAAUGCGCCGGAGUUGGACAAGCAGUACACAACCUCUGUAUGUGACUCCAGUGCCCCCGGUCAGGUGGUUCAGGUUCUGCGAGCAAUCGACAGGGACCAGGGAGAACAGGACACCCCAGUCCACUUCAGCAUCCCUCCAGAGUCAAGCUCUGCCCUAAACCUCACCAUUAGAGAAACUGGAGGUGUGACAGCCAGCCUCGUGCUCCAGUCAGCCUUGGAGCCCCUCCCUGGCUUCUCCUCUUCCCUGCUCAUCCUUUAUGUGCCAAUUGUGCUGCGCGAUGGGGCCUCGGGUCUGACCAACACUGGCACGGUCACCGUGACCAUUUGUCCCUGUUUGCGAGGAGGCAUGCAGACAGAGGAUAGGGGGAGACAGAGGGACAGGAGCUGGGACAGACACAUGGUGUGUCUGCCUGUGCCAUCCACCUCCCCGUCCCUCAUAUUCAGUUUGGUCACCUUACUAGUCAUGCUGGCAUGUGUCACCACUCUGCUGGUGGUGUGUGCUCUCUCGCUGUCAUUGCACCAUCGGAAGCAAGACUCACACUUACCCUUCGAGGAGGAUGAUGUCAGGGAGAACAUCAUAUCCUAUGAUGAUGAAGGGGGAGGGGAGGCAGAUACUGCAGCUUUUGACAUUACAGCGCUGCAGAGCAUGCACAGAAUGCAGCACAUGCACAACAACAGAAACAUAUGGUACACCCAGCAGAAUCCACCGAGGGCCAGGACGCACAGCUGGGGUCGUAACGUGCACCCAGGCCUGGAUCCUCAGCAGCGGCCGGGCUCCGCUCCACUCUAUGGACGCCUCUGCUACGGCAUCCACACACUGCCUGUUCUCAGAGAUUAUCCAACCGGGCCACUGGAGGCAGGCCUGCAGUUAACACAGCUGACCCAGGGGCUUGCUGGUGGUCAUAUUGGCAAGCCCCUUGCCAUCCAGAAGGACAGCACCUUUGAGCCUCUGCCCCGUUCUCCUGAGAUGAGUAGUUAUGUAGCUCAGCACAAGUUGGUGAAGAGUAAAAUUACAGACACAAAUGAAGUCGGUGAACCAAACACUGCUGAUACAGAAGGGAAUCAGGAGCAGGCCAAGAUAAACCCAACAGAAUUGAAGUCAACACCAGCCAACAACGCAGCAAAUCUGACAUACUGUGCCCAAAAUGAGUCCCCCUACCAAAGUAACACCAGCUUUUCACCAGACCCACAAGAGAGGCGAUGGGGGCCAUCACAAACUCAGAGCCACUCUGGGGCCACCACCUGUAUAGCGGAAGAAAUUUACACUGAAUCCUCCAUUCCCCCCUUUUCAGAGCAGAAUUAUUCAAAUGGAAGUCAAACCAACUCUGGGAACCCUUCUGUUUACCUGAAAGGAGACACAUACAGCAUUGUGGGCUCACUCAAUCCGAACAGUAGAGGGAAGUGCAUGAACGGGACAAGCAGGAGCGGGUUAUACCCAGCAGGGGUGCAGCUACUGAACAUGUGCCUACUCAAAAGAAAGGACUUGACCUCACAACCCUUACCUGGGGGAAUGUUUGGCAGCAACAAAGGCUGGCCGCUAGGGAUGGAGCCUGCGAGAACAAUAGCCACCACCCCACAGCCUCUCGGAAUGGAAGACCUCUUGAAAAUCCGCCUGGAUCAGGUCACCUUUGACCUGUCUCAGCCGCCCUAUGACUCACUGCAGACUUAUGAGUUUGAGGGCCGUGAUUCAAGGGCUGAGUCAUUGAGUUCACUGGAGAGUGAUGGAGAGAAGGAUGAUGGGAGAGUGGUCGGAGGGAUGGAGGAGUUAAACCAGAAGUUUCAGAGGCUGGUGGAGAUCAUCCAGGAGAGGGAGAAAGAGAAGGAAGGAGAGGGAGGUGAGACUGCAGAGGCCACUCUCAGUGAGACUCAUAAACAAUCAAGGGACAAAGGAGCAGAACAGCAGAAAUGGGAUUUCUAGCCUGCAAUAAAAGAAAAGUUUGAGAGAAAGAAAAAGUCUCCUGACAGUGAUGGAUUUUAAACACAGCAGGGGUGGCAAACACAAAGCCCAUGACAAGAAUCUUCUUGUUUUUCACCCUGCCAGAAAAAUCCAGGAGGCUGACAGUAUAUUGAAGAUUUGUGAUGAAAUCAGUGCACCGAGUAUAGUUUUCACCUCCACCAUGUUUAGAAAAUGCAUAUGGAAGCUCUCUUUUUCACACUGCUCUUGUAACUGACAUUAAUAAUGCACCUGGGCUUUCAAAGUUAAUGUUAUAAAAAAUGUACUUUUUUAAAAUAUUGAGCCCUUGAAAGCUGUAUUGUUAGAAAAGAGGCCUCAUUAAAUAUUGACUGGAAUUGUGAAAUUUGAUAGUAAUAGUUUAAUAAGGGCACACUCACCCUCUAGGAAUCUGUGGAAUUUGAAUGCAGCAUUUGCACCUGAAUUUGAGAGCUUUAAAACCACACAGUGUACAGCGAAGUUGGGCCGACACUGUUCACAGAGCCUCUCCAGUGAAUCAAACUGUAUGUUUUUAUUCUGUCACCCUGUAGAGAGAAUACAACUCCAACAAGUAGUCACCAUUAUGGUAGCAGAACCUGCUCACUAUGCAAUCGCAAACAGAAAUGAUUAGACUGUCACUUUCAAAGACUUGUGUACUGUUGUGAAAGUACAGUAAAUAAUGUGCAUAUGUACAGUAGAUAAAUAUGAACCUCAGCUCCAGUGGUUAUUGCUUAAGAGUAGACAAAAAGGGGGAUAUCUGCUGGAAUUCACACACCGGAAAUUAAGCACUUGAUUUUCAGUUAAUAAACUGACACAGGAUUGCAAUACAUAGCGUUUCCCAUGAUUUCACCCACACAAGAAUAUUUAUAAUUCAUAUAAUUUGUUUUUGCUUGUCUGGAAUUAUCUGCAAAGGCUCAUUUAUCUUCCACCUUUUAAAGCGACAAAAGUAGGUGAAAGCCAUUAUGUAAUACACUGAUGAGCCCAGAACCGAGGCAAAAGCAAAAUAAUCAUUUAUUUUGAGAUUGUGUAAUGUCAUUUACAGCUUAUGUCACUUGGCAAUGAUUC